AUGGCUUCUAAAUUUAUCUUAAAGUGUUUGGUUAUAGUCUCCCUUGUCAUGUCUCUAGCCCUUACAGGCACUCUCGGAGGAAUAGAAUGUGAGAAUUUAAGCAACGAAACAUGUUCAUUUGCUGUUUCAUCUAGCAGCAAAAGGUGUGUCCUAGAGAAACAUGUGAAAAGAUCAGGGGAAGAAGCAUACACAUGCAAGACAUCAAAUAUUAAAUCUGAUAAACUAAAAGAUCACAUCGAAAGCGACCAAUGCAUAAAAGUUUGUAAUUUAGACAGAUUAUCACUUGGAAUUUCAUCAAAUGCACUUCUGGAAUAUCGUUUCAUAGAGAAGCUAUGUUCUCCACGGUGUUACAAGAGUUGUCCAAAUGUUGUUGAUCUUUACUUCAACCUAGCAGCUAGUGUAGGGGUGUUUCUUCCUAGCUUUUGUGAUAUGGAUAAUGUUUGA